UAUGCUUCUUGUGAGCCUUGUCCAAUGUGCUAUGGUGCAAUUCUUUUUUCCAAAUUCAAGAAAGUGGUUUAUGGAGCUAGAGCAGAAGCUGCUGUGGCUGUUGGACUUGAGAGUAACGUUGCUGAUGCACUGCAGGACAGUAGCUUUUAUGAGAAGGUGAACAUGGAGAUCAAAAAGGCUGAAGGUAGUGUCGCUGUAAUUGCAGAACAAGUAUUUGAGAAUACCAAAGACAAGAUUGUUAUGCCCUCAGUUGCUUAAUCAUCUCAUCAAAACGCAAGUUUCAGUUUGUUCAAUAAAACUUGUUCAAGUAACAAGGGUGGAGUUAAAGUUCAAUAAAACUUCAGUUUCUUACUAUAACCAUAUUCAAGAAAACCUGUAAUAGGCAUUUGGUUUUUUCAAGUUAUGCCACUAGUCCAAAAGAAAAAACAUUCAAAGAACUGUGGUAAAUGAUAGAAGUGUAAAGAAACGGCUAUAAACAGAUG